AAAGGAGCGUUUACUACUACGGCGAUGUCUUGUAGUCUAUCACGUUGGAAGUUAUAACACUGAAUAGUGCACCGCUUGGAUAAUUUUGUAUAUCAUAGCUCGUACUGGUACAUCCUGCUUAAAAGAAGAAAGCAUCUCCGUCAAAGCUAAAUUGGUUUUCGAUGCUUUUACAUCAGUUUACGAACGGACCAGUUGAAACUAUGCAUCCCACGGGUAUCCAGAAAGACACAACUUUCACUAAGAUCUUCGUGGGGGGUUUACCUUACCACACUAACGAUGCUUCUCUGAGAAAGUAUUUUGAAGCGUACGGAGAGAUAGACGAGGCUGUCGUCAUAACGGACAGACAAACGGGCAAGUCAAGAGGCUACGGCUUUGUCACAAUGACUGACAGGUUGGCAGCAGAACGAGCCUGUAAAGACCCCAACCCCAUUAUCGAUGGCCGCAAGGCCAAUGUCAACCUGGCCUACCUUGGAGCCAAGCCACGUAGCCUUCAGACAGGGAUAUCUAUUGGUGUGCAGCCACUCCACCCAGCAGCCCUUAUUCAAAGACAGUAUGGGUUGGCGCAGCAGUACGUCUACCCCCAGGCCUUCGUGCAGCCGAGCCUUGUGCUGCCCUCCCAAGUGGCCUCUACGCUCACCUCCCCCUAUGUGGACUACAGUGCCUACAGUCAGUACACCUCAGGAGCUUUCGAGCACUACCCCUACGCUUCGUCUCCAGGCUUUGUGGGUUACAGCUACGGCACCAGCCCCAUCACCGCCCCGGCCUCCACCACCACUGCGCUGCACCAGACCCUGACCAAUGCACCCACUGCUGCCACACCUGCCUUUAUCCAGUACCCUCCACAGCAGCAUCUGCAACCAGAGCGCAUGCAGUAAGGGCUCGACAUCCUGCGUGAGCGCUGGCAGAUGGACGGGUGGUGCAAGGAUAAAACAUUUGCACUGUCAGAUCAGGAUUCGCUACCGGUAUUGAGUCCGGAAACAAUGAAACUGUGCAGAGGAUUUGAGAGCUUCCAGAAGCACUGAUGCCAAUUUUUUUUUUGUUUUAAGUUCUUUCAACAUUAUUAUUAUUAUUAUUCAUGUUAUUUACAAUUGUAAGCUUAAUUGUAUUAAUAUUUCUGUUAGCAUGUUGAUCUUGACUAUAAUGCGAUGUAAGGUGCCUAGUUGUUUAGUAGUAAAAUAUAGAGUGGAGAAGGAAGAGACACUGUAUAGUGAAACACUGAACAUGGUGAGGCUCGAAGCUUCAAUAUUGUAUUGCUGCUUAGGAACACUGGGAAAUCCUUUUUGUAGUAGAACAUCUGCAUUUUAAAGUUGUGGCAGAACACAGAGAGGCAAGAGUACACUCGUAUGUUCAUGUCUUUCAACAGAAGAUAUUGACAGUUUAAUAAGUACGAAACAAGGACAACUUUAAGCUACUACUUGAAGACACCUUAAAGCCCCCAGGCUUUUUAUAUAACCGAGGCCUUAAAAAUAGAACCCCCUUUUAGUUGUAGAUAUAUUAGAAUUUGUAUACAUGGUGAACUGUGAACAAGCCAACACCUGCUUCCACCCUCAAAACCUGGUCUAAGACCUGAUUAAGUCCAAGGACUUGCUAUAUGGUAUUUUAGAAUAAUGGUGCUAAUUGAAAUUCAGCAUUUUGAUCAAGUUUAAGUCCUCAGUGGAGAAUGUUACUAAAUUCCAUUAUGCAAAACUGAUUUGGAAACAGGUGUCUGCUUCAGAUGCUUUGAAUGUGCCUCGAUUCAUCUUGCGAAUGGGUGGCGAAUCAUUGGAUUCAGAUGUACGGUAGCUGGCGCUGAUGCCAACAAUACAUCAGUUUUGUAUGUUUUUAAAAUGUUUAGUGAACUCAUUGACUAGUUCUCUGAAAGGGACGUUCAUUAUGUACAGCAUUUUCAACAGUUCAAAAAGUAAGUGCGUUUUGCAGUAUUUAUGUUAUUUAAGUGAUCUGUGGUACUUUUUGCUUUAUUUUAUAUGUUCCUGUCUCAGUAAGAAUGCCAUGGGCAACCAACAAAGUUAUAGGCUUCAAGUCACCAAUAGAAAUUGUGUACAUAAUUGAUUUACUAUAUCAAGCAUAUUUAUCACAGACUAUUAACCUGAACCUACAUUUAAAUUAAAUAGCUUUUUUAUUGAUUUAGGAGCCUCAGCUUGCACCUGCUGGCACAUUUUUUUUAAAGCCUUGUCAUUUCAACAUUUGCAAAAAAACAAGCCAUACCAAGAAGAUUCUUGGCAUAAAAAUAAAGACUUUAUAC